AUGCUGCAUCAUGCAACCCGUUCCGCAACCCCUCUUGUCGGCGCAUUCACAACCAUUCUCGAGGCUGCAGCACGUCGAGCGUGGGUCAGGACAAAGCCUGGCCGUGCAUACCCAGGAGGCACUGCACGGGCACAGUCCUCGGUAGUGGAGCCGCGUACUCGUGACGAUGACAACCGCCCUGCAGCGGAAGGGAGAAAACAGCGGGUUCCUAGAUAUUCGAGAAGCUUCCUCAGCCAGCUACCUAUUCCGAAAGAUACCCCGGAAGGAUCUGUAACAUAUGGUGGUUGCUCAUCCCUUCAUCCUGAGAUGCAUUCCCCAACGACUACACCGAUUGCUCGGGUGCUGUCCCUUCCCGAAGCUUAUUCCGCCUUUCUUGAGGUUGAUGAUGCACGGUCGUCCGCACUAUGUCCGCAUGAGCGUACCUGUUGCGUUCAGGACGCACCUGUAAGAGCAAGGUCACCCGGGGCAAAGCGCGCGCUGCUGACGUAUAUCAGUCCGGAGUGUCUCUCAGAUGACGAUUUCACUGCCAUCGAUCCAGGCCUCGAUCCCUUCCCGGACGCAACGACCGAUCCCCCUUGGCAAGAAGUACUCGCUUCCCUGCCUGAAUCGAUUUCUGCGUCACUCACCGUACACUACGGGCCAUAUGAACCUCCCUUGCCGGCUCGGCGCCCCAACCCGCGGUCUGCGACCGGUCUAUAUCGGAAUCUACUGUUCUUCCGAAUCUCAAGGCCCACACUCUCACUCGAAACUUUGAUUGACUACCACGGAGCUUUCAGAGAGUAUCAAACGACUCGUUCAUUUAACCUCUUGAUCACGCUUGCGUUACGUCUGGUGCGAUAUGGAACAGCGAGGGCGUUGUUCAGGGACAUGCAGGCUCGAGGGACACCGCCAGAUUCAUUCACCCGUCAGCUCCGAGUGCGUCUGUUGUUGAGGGACGGGACUGGAUGGCAUACGGCCUGGAGGGAGCAAUUCAUGCACGCUCAAGAUGAAAAUCGUGGUAUGCCUCUGUCGGUGUGGCUCGAGUUCUUUGCGGUGGAGCAUAACUAUUCACUGCGACGGUGGCGGCAUUCUACCACUCAACCCUCGGAGCGGGAGCUGGCUGUCGUGCCCCCAGUCGAGUUCAAGACGUUGGAGAAGAGACAUCAGAUUCUCAUGCAAAACCUACCUACAAUCGCCGACAAUCAUUGGACCCGGAUUCCUUCUCGUGCCAUUCGACAAAUUGUACGAAUCCUGAUACUCACGAACCAUCGAGAGCACGCUAUUACGAUAACUUCUUUUCUGUUCCGACUGCUUCCUGAGAAGCUGCCCCCACGAUGGAAUCAGGCUUGUCUCGACAUCGUCCACUUGCACAUGCUCCCUGGCCCACGACGCGGCUUGCCACAUUACAAUUUCGCGAGGAAGCUGUUCUUCAAGCUCAUUCGAUUACGUCCGGACCUGCAGCCGAGCGCGACCACACUCUUUUUGCUGAUGCAGCACCUCAAACGAUCCACAAACGGAAUAGCUAUGGCUCAGCCGCUCGUCUACCAUUUCGUGGCCCGAUGGGGGCAUCGAGUCGUGGACGACAAAGUCCGCCGACUACUUGCUUCUCUCGCUAUCAAAGGAGGCGAUCUCCGCGUGGCUGAUGCCGUAGAUCGCUCCCAGAAAGCUGUCGAGGAAGCGCGUCAAAAGCGUGCGGCCGAGCAGAGCCUGAAGAACGAACACCAGCAUGACAAUCUUUCGGGCAAGCGAGCCUUCUCGGCUGCGCUCGCGUUUUCUCGAAGGGGUGAGGAGGGGUGGCAGUGGCGGCUCUUGCGGAGGCGCUUAUGGCAAGCCAUGCAGAAACGGCGUUCUCGGGGCCCUGUAGACGUCGCGGAUGGCGGCAUCGGGUAA